UCGGCUCCUCUGUCCCCCGUCUUCACCAUGUCUUCGACUCAGGGCAAUGGGGAGCACUGGAAGUCCCUGGAGUCGGUGGGCAUCAGCCGCAAAGAGCUGGCCAUGGCCGAAGCCCUGCAGAUGGAGUAUGACGCUCUGUCCCGGCUCCGCCACGACAAGGAGGAGAGCAGAGCCAAGCAGAGCACGGGCCCCUCUCUCAUCAGCUGGGAUGAGCCUGCCUUGGACUUCUACAGCAAGCCCACAGGAAGGCGGGCCGACCUCAAGCUCUUACGCGGUCUCUCUGGCUCCGAUCCUACCCUCAACUACAACUCGCUCUCCCCACAGGAAGGGCCGCCUGACCACUCUACCUCCCGGGGCCCCCAGCCUGGCCCAGAUCCCUGGCCCAAAGGCUCCCUGCCUGGAGAUUAUCUCUACAUUUUCGAUGGUUCAGAUGGGGGACCCUCCUUGUCCCCAGGACCCGGGGACACAGGUGACUCUCGCAAGAAACUGUCCCCACCUCCUCUGCCUCCCCGCGUCUCUAUCUGGGACACUCCUCCCCUGCCUCCCAGAAAGGGGUCCCCCUCAUCCUCUAAGAUCUCCCAGCCCGAAGACAUCAACACUUUUCCUCUGGGCGGAUCGCCGCCAGACAAACUGCUCGGGCACGGGAUCCUGGAAGAGGAGGAGUUGCCGGGAGGUGGGGGUCAGGGGCGCCUGCUGGGGUCUGUGGACUACGAGGGCAUCAAUGACGCCAUCACGAGGCUCAACUUGAAGUCAACCUACGACGCAGAGAUGGUGCGGGACGCCACCAGGAGCUGGAAGGAGGGCCGAGGGCCCUUGGACUUCGGCAAGGACACCUCUGGAAAGCCCGUGGCCCGGAGCAAGACCAUGCCCCCGCAGGUGCCCCCCCGCACUUACGCCUCCCGCUAUGCCAACCGGAAGAAUGCGACACCUGGCAAGAACCCCGGAUCUUCCCGCGGCCUCCGAGUGGGCUCCCGGCCCCGCGCCGUCACCAACGGCCACGAGUUGUUUGAGGUCUCAGAGGAGAGAGAUGAGGAGGUUGCUGCGUUUUGCCACAUGCUGGAUAUCCUUCGGUCUGGCUCUGACAUCCAAGACUACUCUGUCACCGGGUAUGUCUGGAGUGCCGUCACCCCUAGCCCAGAGCACCUGGGGGAUGAGGUCAACCUGAAGGUGACUGUGUUGUGUGACAGCCUUCGAGAGCCACUCACUUUUACCUGCAACUGCUCCUCCACCGUAGACUUGCUCAUCUACCAGACCCUGUGCUACACCCACGAUGACCUGAGGGCCAUAGACGUGGGCGACUUUGUGCUCAAGCCCUGUGGGCUGGAGGAGUUCCUGCAGAACAAGCACGCCCUGGGCAGCCAUGAGUACAUUCAGUACUGCCGGAAGUUCGACGUUGACAUCCGGCUACAGCUGAUGGAGCAGAAGGCUGUUCGCAGCGACCUGGCCAGGACGGCGAAUGAUGACCAGAGCCCCUCCACCCUCAACUACCUCGUGCAUCUCCAAGAGAGGCCAGUCAAGCAGACCAUCAGCAGGCAGGCCCUGAGUCUUCUGUUCGACACGUACCACAACGAGGUGGACACCUUCCUGCUGGCUGAUGGGGACUUCCCACUGAAGGCUGACAGGGUUGUCCAGUCUGUCAAGGCCAUCUGCAACGCCCUGGCCGCCGUGGAAACCCCUGAGAUCACCAGCGCUCUCAACCAACUGCCCCCCUGCCCAUCCCGCAUGCAGCCUAAAAUUCAGAAGGAUCCCAGCGUCCUGGCUGUGAGGGAAAACCGAGAGAAGGUCGUGGAAGCACUGACUGCUGCCAUCCUGGACCUGGUGGAGCUGUACUGCAGCACGUUCAACGCCGACUUCCAGACGGCCGUGCCCGGGAGCCGCAAGCACGACCUGGUCCAGGAGGCCUGCCAUUUCUCCGGGGCCCUGGCCUUCACGGUCUAUGCCACCCACCGCAUUCCCAUCACCUGGGUGACCAGCUACGAAGACUUCUACCUCUCCUGCUCCCUCAGCCACGGCGGCAAGGAGCUGUGCAGCCCCCUGCAGACCCGAAGAGCUCACUUCUCCAAAUUCCUCUUCCACCUCAUCAUCUGGGACCAGCAGAUCUGCUUCCCGGCGCAGGUGAACCGGCUUCCUCGGGAGACCCUGCUGUGUGCCACGCUCUAUGCUCUGCCCGUCCCCCCGCCCGGGAGCUCCUCGGAGGCCAAUAAGCAGCGGCGGGUACCUGAGGCCCUGGGCUGGGUCACUACCCCGCUCUUCAACUUCAGGCAGGUCCUGACCUGUGGCCGGAAACUUCUGGGCUUGUGGCCAGCAACACAGGAAAGCCCCGGCGCCCGCUGGAGUGCCCCGAAUUUCCACCAGCCGGACAGCGUCAUCCUGCAGAUCGACUUCCCCACCUCGGCCUUUGACAUCAAGUUCACCAGCCCCCCCGGAGACAAGUUCAGUCCCCGCUAUGAGUUUGGCAGCCUCGGGGAGGAAGACCAGUGCGCGCUCAGAGGCAUCAUGCAGAAGGAGUCCCUGUACUGGCUCACCGACGCCGACAAGAAGCGCCUGUGGGAGAAGCGGUAUUACUGCCACGCGGAGGUGAGCUCGCUGCCCCUGGUGCUCGCCAGCGCCCCCAGCUGGGAGUGGGCGUGCCUGCCCGACGUCUAUGCGCUCCUGAAGCAGUGGACCCACAUGAACCACCAGGAUGCCCUGGGGCUCCUGCAUGCCACUUUCCCGGACCAAGAGGUGCGUCGCAUGGCUGUCCAGUGGAUCGGCUCGCUCUCGGAUGCUGAGCUUCUCGACUACCUGCCCCAGCUGGUACAGGCCCUCAAGUAUGAGUGCUACCUGGACAGCCCCUUGGUGCGCUUCCUCCUGAAACGAGCUGUCUCUGACUUGAGAGUGACUCACUACUUCUUCUGGCUGCUGAAGGACGGCCUCAAGGACUCUCAGUUCAGCAUCCGCUACCAGUAUCUGCUGGCAGCCCUCUUGUGCUGCUGCGGCAAGGGGCUGAGAGAGGAGUUCAACCGCCAGUGCUGGCUUGUCAACUCCCUGGCCAAACUGGCCCAGCAGGUCCGAGAGGCAGCUCCGUCUGCACGCCAGGGAAUCCUCCGCGCAGGCCUGGAGGAGCUGAAGCAGUUCUUUACCCUCAACGGCUCCUGCCGCCUGCCACUCAGCCCCAGUCUGCUGGUUAAGGGAAUUGUGCCCAGGGACUGUUCCUAUUUCAACUCCAAUGCGGUCCCCCUCAAACUCUCCUUCCAAAACGUGGAUCCGCUGGGUGAGAAUAUCCGUGUCAUCUUCAAGUGCGGGGACGACCUUCGCCAGGACAUGCUGACGCUGCAGAUGAUUCGCAUCAUGAGCAAGAUCUGGGUCCAGGAGGGGCUGGACAUGCGCAUGGUCAUUUUCCGCUGCUUCUCCACCGGCCGGGGAAGAGGGAUGGUUGAGAUGAUCCCCAACGCUGAGACUCUGCGCAAGAUCCAGGUGGAGCACGGGGUGACCGGCUCCUUCAAGGACCGGCCGCUGGCCGACUGGCUGCAGAAGCACAACCCUGGGGAGGACGAGUACGAGAAGGCCGUGGAGAACUUCAUCUACUCCUGUGCCGGCUGCUGCGUGGCCACCUAUGUCCUGGGCAUCUGUGACCGGCAUAAUGACAACAUCAUGCUGAAGACCACCGGUCACAUGUUCCACAUCGAUUUUGGCCGCUUCCUGGGUCACGCCCAGAUGUUUGGCAACAUCAAGCGGGACCGUGCCCCCUUCGUCUUCACCUCGGACAUGGCGUAUGUCAUCAACGGGGGUGACAAGCCUUCCAGCCGCUUCCAUGAUUUUGUUGACCUUUGCUGCCAAGCCUACAACCUCAUUCGCAAGCACACUCACCUCUUCCUCAACCUUCUGGGCCUGAUGUUGUCCUGUGGGAUCCCCGAGCUCUCAGACCUGGAGGACCUCAAGUACGUGUACGAUGCCCUGAGGCCUCAGGACACAGAAGCCAACGCCACCACCUACUUCACCAGGUUGAUUGAGUCCAGCCUGGGCAGUGUAGCCACAAAGCUCAAUUUUUUCAUCCAUAACCUGGCUCAGAUGAAGUUCACGGGCUCAGAUGACCGGCUGACCCUUUCCUUUGCCCCCCGAACACACACGCUCAAGAGCUCUGGCCGCAUCAGCGAUGUUUUUCUCUUCCGCCACGAGAAGAUCUUCCACCCCAACAAGGGCUAUAUCUACCUGGUAAAGGUGAUACGUGAGAACGCUCACGAGGCCACUUACAUCCAGCGGACGUUUGAGGAGUUCCAGGAAUUGCACAAUAAGCUGCGGCUGCUCUUCCCGUCCUCACUCUUGCCCAGCUUUCCCAGUCGCUUUGUGAUCGGCCGCUCCCGGGGAGAGGCGGUGGCCGAGCGGAGGAGGGACGAGUUGAACGGCUACAUCUGGCACUUGGUCCACGCAGCCCCCGAGGUGGCCGAGUGUGACUUGGUGUACACCUUCUUCCACCCUCUGCCUCGGGAUGAGAAGGCUGCGGGCACCAGUCCAGCUCCUAAAUCCUUAGAUGGCACAUGGGCCCGGCCUGUUGGGAAGGUGGGAGGGGAGGUGAAGCUGUCCAUCUCCUACAAAAACAAUAAACUCUUCAUCAUGGUGAUGCACAUUCGGGGCUUGCAACUGCUGCAGGAUGGGAACGACCCUGACCCCUACGUGAAGAUUUACCUCCUUCCUGACCCUCAGAAAACCACUAAGAGGAAAACCAAAGUGGCCCGGAAAACCUGCAACCCUACCUACAACGAGAUGCUGGUGUACGACGGGGUCCCCAGGGGGGACCUGCAGCAGCGGGAGCUGCAGCUCAGCGUGCUGAGCGAGCAGGGCUUCUGGGAGAACGUCCUGCUCGGCGAGGUGCUCAUCCGCCUGCGGGAGCUGGACCUGGCCCAGGAGAAGACCGGCUGGUUCGCGCUGGGGUCUCGAAGCCACGCCACCUUGUGAGCCCUGCGGAGCCACUGCCUAAGGACCCCAGGCUGGUGGUGGCGGGGCUGGGGGGAAGACGCCCCCUUUCCUUGGGAAAGGGCAGGGCCCUCGGCGGGCCUCCCCCUUGGUCCAGAUGCACCCGGCCUCCGAGGCAGGAGGCAGGAGAGCAAGAUGCUCCCGCUGUCCCUUCGUCUGCAGACCGGACGCGAUGGGGCGCUGGCCUGGCCGCGAGCAGCCCCUGGGGGCUGCGAGGUCGCAGCCACGUUUUACGUUCACCUUGUGUCAAGGGAGCAACGCCUGGUGUGGGGCGCGUGGGGGGCUGUGUGAAGUGGCGCUGCGGGGGAGGGCCGGUGGAUAUCUUUAUUUUUAUUUUUAAAAAAUGAAAUAGUAAUGUUGUCCUAACUGGGACAGGGAGCCUUGCGAGAAGGGACAGCCCUCUGCCUCAGAAGGCAGGAGAGGAUGACUGUUGGGACGUUUUUUGUAUGAUUAAGGUUCUUAUGGGACUUUUCCCUAGGUGUGUUUGGUUGUUUGCUUUCUAGCUAUAGGAAUUAUCUGGGGAGGGGCCCGGGGAGCCCUCGGUCAGAGCCCCCCCUCUCUAAGGGCAGGUGGAGGAGGGGCGGGGAGGGCCGCCCGGCCAGACUGGCCAGACUGGGGCCUGCGCCUGGCUGGGCCUUUCUGAGUUUGCCUCCAAAGGAGGGCGACGUGAUACCUGUGAUACCUACGUGUGUAAGGAAGGGCCUUCCGUGUGUGCGGGGCUCUGCCCAGGACCUGUGUUCAGGGCCCUGUGCUCUUUUGGGGGGAGUUUUCCUCUUGUCUUCCCCGACUUUAUUAGGACUUGCCCUGAAUACCGCCUUCCACCCCGUCCCCCCUCCCCAUUCUCCGGUCCUUCUGGGGCUCAUCUGGCCCCAGUGAAUACGCUGGGGUGCUCCCCCACAGCUCCCUCCUUGCGUUUUUCUCUGGCAGGACAAAAUGCUGCCUCCGUCCUUAGAUCUAGUUUCACCCAAGGGCAUCUCGCCUUUGGGAAGGGGGCCCAGGCUGCACGUGCCAGUGUGGCUGCGGGCCCUGUAGUUUCUGGAAAGUGUUCCCCACCACCCCCACUUCUUUUGUGCUGCUUCUCUCCCAAACUCCAUUGCUGUCACAGUUUUUAUAAGACUUUCCCUCAUUCUGUGGGGCCAUAAACCUACUUAGUGUGGAGCCAAAGGGAUGCCCUGUCUGAAGGAAAGGGGCCUGGGGUGGGAGAAUCCAUCAGAACUAUUGCUUUUUCCAGUGAUUCUCUCUGGUCAGGAGGAGGGCGUUCCCCUAGAGCUGAGCUCAGGAGCCGGGAAGGAGAGACUGAGUCUCUUAUCUCUUAAUACUCUUUAUUCCCUACCAGGUGGAUUUUAAAUUUGCUAUGUUGUGUUCUACUCCAAAGGGUUGUCUUCCUUGAAGAAAAAAAAAAAA